CGGGCGAGAAAGGUCGGCGAGCGCGAGCUUCUCUCUCCUCUCCCUCUCCCUCUCACCGCCGCACGCCCUCUGAGCCACGACCCACCAGCCGCAUCCAGCUCGCCCUACCUUCGUCCUCCUCCUCCUACCACACCCACACACCUCACCACCACACGCACCAUGUCCGGCUUCCGCUCCGCCGCUUCGUCCUUCUCCGGCGGCCCCCGCCCUGGCAUGAACUCGCCGUGGGACACGCCCGUCGCCACGCCGUUCGAGUCGCCGGCCACCACCCCUGGUGGCUCCCCCGUCCUGCGCGACAGCGACGGCAAGCGCCUCCCCAAGGCGGCCGACAUCCACAUGAUCCUCUCGGACGUCGACGGCACCCUGUUCACCGACGCGCACGAGCUCCACCCUCGCGUGCGCGACGCCAUCCAGUACAUCCGCAAGAUUCGCCCCGAGAUCCCCAUCAUCCCCGUCACGGGCAAGCAGCUCCCGUCGUGCCAGAGCCUCAUCAAGGACCUCGGCAUCGAGGACAUGCCCGCCGGCUGCAUGCACGGCGCCAUCAUCUACGACAACCAGCGCAAGAUCGAGCAGGAGAUGUACCUCGACGGCCACUUUGUCCGCGACGUGUCGCGCCUCAUGCGCAAGCACAACAAGUCGACCUUCCUCUACGUCGAGGACUGGAACGCCAUGGUCACCAAGGAGGAGAACGGCACCAAGGACUGGGAGCAGGUCGCGCGCGGCUUUGACCCGGCCGUCAAGGACGAGCGCGAGGGCGACUUCAUGCAGAAGGUCCUCAAGGGCAAGGAGCGCAUCUACAAGGUCUUCCUUCCCAUGGACGAGGAGGUCGUGCCCCAGUUCAUCGAGCUCAUCGAGAAGACGUUCCCGACCGUGCCGUUCAAGAUCACGCGCGCGCUCCCGUACAUCAUCGAGAUCGUCGCCGAGGGCGUCGACAAGUCGGCCGCGCUCGCCUUCUUCGCCGCCAAGUUCAACGUGCGCCCGGAGAACAUCAUCACGUUCGGCGACGGCGAGAACGACGUCGGCAUGUUUGGCGCCGCCGGCUACUCGGUCGCCAUGGCCAACGGCAUGCCCAAGCCCAAGGCCGUCGCCAAGUACCAGACGACGAGCAACGACGACGGCGGCGUCGGUCGCUUCCUCGACAUGAUCUUCCGCCCCGAGUACGUCAAGGAGCCCGACGCGGGCCUCUCGGUCGACCACCUCAAGGCGCUUGACGCCCAGCUCGGCGCCGCGAGCGCGUCGCCCCUCGCCGCCGGCCUGUACCCUUAAUCUCCCUCCCCCUUCCUCUUGAUACCCCCUCAUCCUUGACGCUCGUCGAGUCCGUUGUGCCGUAUCUAUCUCUCCCAUCAUGUGCAUAGCUCGCCUCUCCCUCUCUCCCCCCCACUGCAGCAUCCCUCAUAGACGCUGUCGAUCGUCGGCGGUCCAUCUUCUGGCGACGUAGCGAGCGAAAUACAGGCUUAUUCUCGCUCU